CAAAUAAUAUGUAGAGAUUUUUUAGUAUAUUAAAUAAAUAAACACUAAUUAACAAAUCUUUUGUUUCUAAAUUCAUUGUAUAAACCAAUAAGUAUACAAAUACAGUUAUUAAUAAAAUUAACUACUUGAAUUUUAGUAAACAUAUUUAUUUUAUGAGUACAAGUCCUUAAAAAGAAGACAUUCUUUAGCAAGAGAAUGGUAGUGAAUAGAUAUAGCAAGAUGUCCUCUUAGGCAAGCGUAGUCUUCCUAAAGAUGCAAUCACUGAAAAUUAAGUUAAAGAAAACUUAGUUAAAGAUGAUGGAGAUGUUGCAAUUGGAGAUUAAGAAAAUGCUGAAGCUGAAAAUGAUGAUAACGAUGAUGAAAAUGGAUCUGAAAAAAGCGAUGGAGAAGAUAUUUUUGAAAAAGAUGAUGUAGAACUUGAAUGGGUUUGUUUGAGAGGAGUUGAGAGAUAUGAUUAAGAGAGAUAAGUCUUAAAGAUGCUUCAUCGUAAUUUUGCAGAUGAGAAAUUCCAAUUUACAAAAAUUAGCAAACCAAAAAAGAAAAAUAUGGCAUUCAUUUAAUUCGCUAACACAGAAGAACGUAAUCGCUUUAUUUAAUCUUUAAAAAAUAAGAAGUUCUCUAAGAAGUAAAAACGCAUGAAAGUACGUCCUGCAUUUAAAGGAGAUAGAAAUUUGAAUGGAGGAGUAGCAGUUAGUCAAUUAGAAUAAUAGAAUAGUGCUUAACAUUAACAAUAAUAACGUUAAUAGCAACCUCCUAAAUAAGCUUCUAAGGAAGAUAUUGAAAAGGAACUUUAAAUCCCUCUUGAAGAGAGAGUUUGUCCUCUAUGGAAAACUCCUUAUGAAGAAUAAUUAGAAAUCAAAAAGAAAGAUUUUAUUGAAAUCAUCAAAAAUUUCCAAAAGCGUGCUAAAGAUAGCAUAAGAAGCGAUGAAUCAACACCAAUUUGGGUAACCCGUGAACCAAAAAUAACAGAUUUUUUGGAGUGCGAUGAAUAAUAUAGAUUCCAUUAUAGAAACAAGACUGAAUUCACAAUUGGUUUGAAUCAUUUAGGAGAAAUAAAAGUUGGCUAUAACCGCACAAAUUUUGAUAAGGGUAUUGCAUUUAUAGAUGAUGCUAAUAAGAAUUGUGUUUCUUCUAAAGAAUCAGUGAUUCUUGCUUAACAACUUGAAAAUUAUAUCAAGGAAACUGGACUUCCUGUAUACGACAGAUUUGUCCAUUAAGGAUUUUGGAGAUAUUUUGUGGUAAGAUAGAGCUUUAAGACAAAAGAAAUCCUGAUAAAUAUUGUAGCUAAAGGCUCUUACUGCUCUGACGCUACUUAAUUUGAAUAAAUUAAAUAAGGCUUGAUAAAAAUAUUCCAAAAAGAAAGUCUUCCUGAAAACUUUGAAUACAAUAUAACAUCAAUAGGAUUUUAAUCAUACGAAGCACCUUCUGACAGCAUCCCCUAAGAUGGAUAGAUUGAUAUAAUUUAUGGAUCUAGAUCAUACAAAGAAAAUAUUCUAGGUAAAACAUUUGAUAUAUCUGCUAAUGCUUUCUUACAAGUUCAUACACCUUAAUGUGAGAGAUUGUAUAAGUUGAUAGGAAGCUUAACAGGAGAAUUGAAUGAAAAAACUAUCUUUUUGGAUAUAUGUUCUGGUAUUGGAACUAUAGGUAUUUGCUUAGCUAAUUCUGCUAAGGAAGUUAUUGGUAUUGAAAUGGUUGAAACCGCUUGCAAUGAUGCUAAAAUUAAUAUAGAAUAAAAUGGAAUUACAAACUAUAAGGUAAUUUGCUCAAAAGUUGAAGAUGUGAUUAAUGAAAUCGUUGGCCCUCUUGCCGGAUAAUAUAAAAUUAUUGGUGUUGUUGAUCCUCCUAGACCUGGUCUUCAUGCUAAUGUAGUUAAAGCUAUGCGUACCUGUAAAGGUCUUGACCAUUUAGUUUAUGUUGCUUGUAACCCAGUAGCUGUAACUGAUAAUUUAUUAGCUUUAUGCCUCCCUGAAUCAAAGCGUAGAAGAGCACCAGCUUUUCAUCUCACUAAAUAUUAUGGAUGUGAUUUAUUCCCAUAAACAAAACAUUUUGAAGGUAUCUUUUAUUUGGAAAGAUAUCCUAAUUAUGAUGAGUAUAAAUGAAAAUUGUUUUAUUUAUUUAUAACUAGAUGUGUAGUAAUUGAAUUAGAAUAAAAUUCUUAUCAGCA